AUGACGAGUCCAGAUUCACAAACGGUAGAGUUGGGCCGCGAGUUCCUUGAUACUGUCAUCGUUCAAGGCCGUGAAUACCAGAAAUACUCGACUGACAACCGCAUAUAUUUCGGACCGGUCGACGAGGUAAAGGGAACGAACGGGUUCUCCAUCGUAUUCGUCACUGACAACCAGAGCAGGAGGAAGCGCAGCGUCUUGAUCACCAACACCGGGCUUUUCGAUGAUCGACUGAUCUUUCCACCCGUCCACCGAUUGCGAAGGGUACUGGAUUGCGGCCACGGGGCCGCAUCGUGGGCAAUAGAGGUUGCAGAGCAGUAUCCAAAUUGCGAAUUGUUGCUCAAGGUUAUUGGCGUAGAUAUUGCCCCGCACAUGAGCCCAGACGAUGUCGACGACCUGAACCAAAGAUUCACUUUUCCUCCCAACCACUUCGACCUUGUCCACUCUCGACUCCUUGCGACCGGUAUCCACCGUUCUCGAUGGCCAUCCUACAUCCGCGACAUCGUCAGGGUUUUGAGGCCGGGAGGAUGGGUCCAGAUGACCGAAAUGUAUUUCAACGUGCAAUCCGACAACGGCUCGCUGACCGAUCAACAUGCUUUGCGAAGAUGGAGCACUCAGUACAUGCGUGCACUGGAAGACCGGAAAGAGCUUCGAAUUGGAUCCAGGCUGCGCAGCUAUUUCACGGAGUCGGGGUUGGUGGAGGUUGACACAAAGAUGAUACCCCUCCCACUGAUGCGAGAGAUCGGCCAUUAUAACAGCGAGAACAUCCAGCAACUCCUUCGAUCACUAGCGUUGUACCCUCUCACCCACCGGUUGCACAUGUCCCCACAGAGUUUUGAUAGACUGGUGGAGCAGGCCCAGGAGGAGGCUCGGAGUCACUCAUUAAAGGCAUAUUUCCCACUGUACGUCUGCAUUGGCCGGAAGCGACAGUGA